AUGGCGAGCUUCAAAAUUACAAUCAAGAACAAGUCCAACAGCGACCGCGCGUUUCUGCUUUUCCAGGAUAUGCCGGGUGCUGCCCACACCGACUUCACCAUGAAGCAGCAGUAUUGUGCCAUUUAUGGUACCUCUCAGGCAACUGCAGAUGGAGCCAUCCGUGUUGACACUGGCGACUCCGUCCCUGCCAAGCUUGGUCCCAACGGAACACUUGCUGUUGUCACCACCGGCGGCUUUGACCUUCGCGCCGACAACACCUUCAAGUUCCCCAAUCCCAAUGAAAUCUACAUCGGUUGCGGCGCCCCAGACCCGAAGACUGGCGAAGUGAUUCCUAUUCAGACCUGGCUCGCCCAGCCAGGUGUCACUAGCCAGAUCUUUCCCAAGGUCAUAUACUACAUUGCCUUCGGUAACUUCGAACCAGGUGUUGUUGUGGACAGGAACACAAUCGGCCAAGUUCUGAAGGUGGACUUCAGCGGCGCAGCUAUCCCAAACGCCACCUUCACUCUCACUAACAACGGCACUUACGUACCUGAUGACAAGGUUGAGUCGAACGGCGUCCACUGGAGCUUCGGAAACAUUGACGGGGUUUAA